AUGGACACCUCCCCCGACGACCUAUAUCCAGCAGCGCUGUCGUACGACAAUGACACCGCAUAUGAGGAGCAACUUCCUACCGCUGAAGAACAGGCCUCGCUGGCGAAACGGAUUGGCCAGACCAAAGUCUACCUUCUCUCUGAAAGCGUUGCGAGGGCGGGCAGCAAGCGCAAACACGAAGAGGAUUCUGCUAUGGACGACGAGGUCGACAUGGAAGAAGACACAACAUCUCGCGGGAACGCGCUGCUCCUUGGUGGCUCGCCCAUUGCCAGCCUCCCGACGGCUGGUUUGUUCGCCUAUGCGACACACUUUGACUCUCAUCCAUUAGGCUUGGAAUGGGUUGACGACGAGCAUUGCGUUUUCGUAUUCGACUCGAAAGCCGCUGCUCGGGCUGCUUACCGACUUCUGCAAAAGCACAUUACGGAGGAACCCGAUACGGAUGGGUUCGUCACUGCUAAACCCAUUCCUGUCGCUAUCUGGCCACCCGAGGACCGCAUAAAUCGUAGUCUCGGCAAGGGAGAAGGACUGAAGGGUGUGAUACGCAUGCGCUGGGCCCUCCCCGAAGAUGUCAAGAAGCGUGGCGCACGGCAACAGAGUCAAUUCUACAAGAAACAUGGUUGGGGAGCUGGGAAGGAGUCUAAUCAGGACCCAACCAACUUGGAAUACCCCGCCUCCAAGCGGAGAAGACGUGGUAGCAGUGUCGAGAUUGAUCGCGAGCAAGUACGAGCCGCUCUAGACGCCGAACUUGAUGAGUUUAUUCGUGCGGACGACGAGCCAGAGCCAGAGCCAGAGCCGGAACAAGAGCCAGUGUCAAAAAUGCGGUCGGAUUUUAUCGCAUCAGACGGCCGAACCUUACUUCAGCGCACUUCGGUCCUUCGCCUCCAACCGAAUUCGCUCGAAUCACGCCUUACCGCACCUCUGCCUCGUAGAGUGAGAGGGACGAUGUAUGCUGAUGCUCUGGAGGAUAGAGGCCACAGAACCGGUGAUGAUGAUUCGGGUCGACUCCGACAAGAAGUGGACGCACAACGCUCCGAUUCGCGCAGGAAUGGUACUCGCAGUCGCAAUGGAGGUAGCUCUAGGCGAGAUGGAACUCGUCGGAAUGGCCGUGGUAGCGAAAGGGAGCGUCACAGUCGGAACGAGCGGCCAACAGUCACCAGAGAAGAUUUGGAUGCUGAAUUGGACGCAUUUUUAGAGGCUAAAGAUUGA